UCGAUAAUCCUAUGUAGGAAACAUGGAGUGGAGGGUUUUAAUAUUUUUUGUUAUUUUUGACGCCGUUUUAUGUGGAUAUCAACCGACUGGCGAUGAAGUCCAGGCAGGCGGCGUCCUUCUACCAGCUACGAGGCGAGGAAGGUAUAUUGCCAAUAUCAUCCGAAGGCAAGCUGUGGACGGAACAAGAAUAAAAUUCAACAAAGAUGCAGACAGGAUGAACGCAGAAGCAAAGAAGAAGGUGGACGUGCUAUCUGAGGAGUUGCUGCCUUACAUAAUAGCUGAGCAGGAGCGCCGAACCACUCUCUAUAAGAGGAUCAUGACGGCGAUACAGAACGGAGAAAAGGGGGUGACUGUCGCGGAAAUUAGGGGGAAGCCACCUGUCAUUAUAAGGAAAGGACUGUUCUACCGCUGUCCAGCAAACCGUGCGCCCAAAGAGCCUGACGGUUCAGGCACACUGAUGUGCGAGGAAGAAGUUGAACCGAGUCAAGUGAUGUACGACUCGUGUCUCAGCGCAGAGGACAAGGAGCUGUACGUGGCAGAGAACAGAUACUUCUUCUGUAACCGUCACAAAGUCGAGGGUCCGGAUCUGCCCCGGAAUGGCACCACGGUGAUUGGUUGUGCACCCAUCGAACGUACUUCGCUUAACUACACGGCCAAUAAAUGCGCCUUAGAGGAUACGGAUGACGUGGUUGUCCACUACCGAUAUUAUCCUGACAGGACCUACAAGUUCGUAACGGAGUUGGACCCCGACAGGGAGGUCUGCGACCACUGGAACCCGUGUCAAAUCGGCUACAUCUUCAGCUUACCCUCUCCUGACCAAGCUGUAACGGCUAACGAACUGUGGCAUGAUUACGAGGACUGCAACGAGGAGUUUGUCCCGCCAUCUGUUGGCAACUACACUAGCAGCUCGCGACGCCUGGCGAUACCCGAGGGGUAUAACUUCACCCACCUGGAGUACUUUGGCCUGACGGAGGACAAACAAAUUAUGUACAGAAAUCCAGAGAAAGAACAGGGCACUAAAGUAGAUGAGAGCAAUUAUAUCACCAAAUGGACUACCAAUGGUAGAUUCGUUACCAUCACUUUAACCUUUCCGAAAUGGGGCAAUGAACACUAUGGAAUAUAUGUAGUGAGGAUACAGAAGAGAAACGAGACUGAUUCAUGGGAGAACUUAUAUUCUUGGAAGUUAUCAAGAAGCAAAGCGUCGCUGUCGAUCCGUUCUCUAGAGAUCGUACCCGGUCAGAAGAAGAACACGACAAGCUUAGCGUACCGUUGCGACAGGUGCCGGCUGCUCAGCGUUAUGGUACGCAUGGCAGACAACAACAUAUACAACUUGGACACAUCCAGAUAUCGAAUAAGGGAGGCUGAUAGAGGCGGUAAACGCCAGCAGUACCUAGAGUUAGAAGUUGAGGGCACGAAGCCUCAAGACUUCGGCGAUUACUUCGCUAUAAUACAGAACAAGGAUGGCAUUGAAGAAAGAGUUAAAAUGUUAACUGUUCUUUCCCCAGAACAAGAUAAUGAUAACGUAAUAAAAACCAGUCGGCUGACUGCUGCGGUGGACGUGGGGGCUGGUUUUGAACAGACACUGAACUUCUCCUGCUCAGAGUGUACGCUCAAUGACGUGCGAUGCCGCGGGGAGAGCGCCCUCCCGUGGGGGGGACUGGCCAUAAUCCCGCAGACCAAAAUGCUCAACUUCAACUUUCCCAGAUUCGAGGAUCAGUUCUCUUGCGUAUACGUGGGAGUGUUCGAGAGGAACAAACGGACAUACAGCAAGAUAUUGGCUGUCAUCGAAAAUAAUUCACCCGCGGUUAACAUAAACCAGGUGGAGGUACUGCCUCCGCCCAAGGAAGCCCAGGCGUUCCAGCACGAAGUCUCCUUCAGCUGCGACGCCUGCGCAGUCGAACAGGUAUUUGUCAACGGGAUACAACUGGAAGCAACGCUUCGUAGGAACACCGUUGGCUCUGUAGCCUUUUAUAUUGCCACCCCUUCCAGCAUCAACGUCCGCUUUACGGAGUACUCUUCAACCUACGAAGGCGUGUAUCAGGCGAAAUUCGUCUCCGAGGGGGAGUACGUCACCAAAAAUAUCUUCGAGAUUCGUACUGCAGACAAACCAGAAAACUUAACUACUACUGCACCACCAGUUACGCAAGCUCCAGAUACAACAACUGAAGAAAUCACAGUAGAAGUUACUACGGCCAUGAGCAAAUAAUAAAAAUUUAAACAUUC